AUGGCUAGAGAUUCAGGGGGUCGCUCCAUCACACUGACCAGGUCUUGGUGGCUGCUGCGUGAGGGCGGAGUAGGCAGAGGAGGUGGUGGUGGAGUUGGGACAGUGGCAGGCCUAGGGGUGGGGUCAUGGCCAUGGGGGGGCCGCAUCCCGUCCUCCGCUUUGAACCGGGACAGGCGCUGGGGCUGGGGGUCUUGGGGUGGGGGUCCAUUCAGAGGAGCUCCCAGACUCUCCGAGCUCAGGCCCUGGCUGAGCGGAGGCACAGUCGGGACGGCAGGAGGUGCAGGUAGUACCGGUGGAGGAGGCAUGGGGGAAAAAGGAGGCAAAGUGAGAUGUUCCCGCAGAGUCUGGGUCGUCCUGGGCUCGCUGGCUCUUGUCUUUCUCACCUCGCUCUUCUUCUCCGUCUCGCUCCGGGGCAGUGUCGGCUUCAACUAUCUGGAGCCACCCGGCUGGGAGGAGUCGAGACGGGUGAAGUUGGUACCCAGUUACAUGGGUGCACGAAGGCUGUCACCACCGGAUGCCCCACAGCAGAAGACCUGUGCCUGCUCACGCUGUGUAGGAGAUCCCGGCGUCUCCGAUUGGUUUGAUGAGAGCUAUGACCCAGAUAUCUCACCUGUGUGGACCAGAGACAACAUCCAGCUGCCGUCUGAUGUCUACUACUGGUGGGUGAUGUUACAGCCCCAGUUCAAACCUCACAGUAUCCAGCAGGUGCUCCUGAGGUUGUUUCAGGUGAUUCCCGGAAGGUCGCCAUACGGCUCGUGGGAUCCAGGGCGGUGUCUGCGCUGCGCCGUGGUGGGAAACUCUGGGAAUCUCCGAGGGGCAGGAUAUGGCCCAAUCAUUGAUGGACACAACUACAUCAUGAGGAUAAACCUGGCCCCCACGGUAGGCUAUGAAGAAGAUGCCGGCAGCCAAACAACACACCACUUCAUGUAUCCAGAGAGCGCCAAGAACCUGGCCGCAAACGUCAGCUUCGUCCUAGUUCCUUUCAAAACACUGGAUCUCGUGUGGAUCACCAGCGCUUUGUCCACCGGCCAGAUUCGAUUUACGUACGCUCCAGUGAAGCAGUUCCUCCGAGUAGAUAAAGACAAGGUCCAGAUCUUCAACCCAGCAUUCUUCAAAUACAUCCACGACCGCUGGACCAGACAUCAUGGACGCUACCCCUCCACUGGAAUGCUGGUGCUCUUCUUUGCCCUGCAUGUGUGUGAUGAGGUGAACGUGUUUGGAUUUGGUGCAGACAGUCGAGGGAACUGGCAUCACUACUGGGAACAGAAUCGCUACUCUGGAGAGUUCAGGAAAACUGGCGUCCAUGACGCGGACUAUGAAGCUCAGAUCAUUCAGCGGCUGGCCAAGGCUGGCAAAAUCACUGUGUUCCCUGGGAAAUAACCAGCAUCGCAAUUUAUUAUCUGAUGUUUCAACAUUAGUAUAGCAGCACCAGACAAGGCUGCUUACAAUGAGUUUGUACUCUGGCUUUUACUUACUGUACCUGCACCAGUUUGGGUUCCCAGUUUAAGUUAACCAAAUGCUCCCAGAAAGCAGAACAAACUGGUCACUCAAAGGUACCAAAUAUGUUAUUCCAUUUACUUCCCCUUGUCUUUGGGAGGUAGCCGGAGGUUCUGACUGGAGAACAUGGUGCACGCUCACCAGAAAUCAGGACAAGGGCGCAUGUGGAUCAAAACUCAGCUCUGCUCAUGAAACUAAAAGUGGCCUAAAUAGUGACUUAAAUGUAAUGGUUAAGCCUUAAAUUUGCGAGGAAGAGAUUGGCUCAUAAUCAGGUUUUCCAGUGAGAGCCGGUUUAAGAAUUGAGAGAAGAGGCACAUGACAGCUGGUGAGGAGGAAAACUUAACCAAUCACCAGAAACACUGCAGAGAAAAAGCUGGAGAAGAGCGAUCUCACAUGGAAAUCCCCCCAUCAAAAACCUGUAUGAUAUAGAGGUUAACUAUACACAUAUCUGUUUCGCUUCUGAAGUGGCUGGAUGUUGACACUGUACUGCAGCAAAGAGAGGCCGCUAAAUGUGGACACUAAAUGUGGUGCUUUCAGGAGCCUGUGUGCUGUUUGAAUUUUAAGGCUGAGGGCCUAAAUUCCCAUCUUUUCAGGACGCUGGGCCUUGACUCCUCUGAGAAAGAUUUAUUCCCCUGCAUGAGGCAAACACCUCACUUUACCACUUUUCACUGUCAUAACUCCACUUAAUGCGAGCUCUGCCUCAGAUGACAGUAUUACAGGCACCUUGUCUGACUGGGAUGGCAGUAAAACGGUUGGUUAUGAGACGGGAAGUGAUGGCUGUGAGUUUAUAUCAUAUGACUUUCCUCUAAAUUGUCCCCCCAAGUCCUUAGCACAGCUAAGCAGGGCCUCGUCACCUUGCAACAGAGUCACAGACAAGUGAUGAAGACUUUUACCUUUUGGCCAUUCUGACUCAGAAAGAUCACUGCACAGCAGCAUGAGCCUCAGCCUCUGUAGAGAGGGAUGAUUUUAAACACCACAGCGACCACAAGCACUGCUGCGAUCUUUUUUCAUAUCACGGCCCAGAAAAAAAAAAAAGUGUUCACGGGAAGUGCCGGUUUGACUGAAUCAGACUUUAAUGAGGCCAAAAGUCCGUCUCCUGGGAUUUCAUGUUUGGAUGGAGGCAUGCUGGUUUCUGGACCAGAGUUUAAUCCCCAUGUGGUCUGUCAGAGUCUAUUUUUGGAGAGGAGGACUGGAGCCGGCGAGGUUGGCACACGAAGAUCCAGUCUGACAAAGCCAGCAUGAGAAAUCCAUUAUUUUCUCCUGUGUUUUUCAUGAUAAAAACAAAAGACGUCAGUUCACAGCUGCUACUGUGCUGCAUCAACAAACUGGACCGAGCUAACCGCGUUGGUUUUGAAAGGACUGAAGUUUUAAAGAGACCCUGCUCUGCUUCUUUUCCCUUUCACAGACUUUAAACUGCAGCCUGACUCCUGGAUCCCAGAGGAGUCAGAGACUGUCCAGAGCUUUUGGCUCCCGAUUAAAGCUCAUAUGACGGGGGGAGAGAAAGUCCCAUUGGAUCUGGGAAUCGCUCUACCUGUCAGCAGAUUAGCUUCAUUAACCACUUGCCCCGGUUCCUGCUCAGCCAAUUAAAACUUCAGCUCGGUCUGGAGAGGACGGGGCCACCAGACGCCUUAGACUCCAGCUCUGUACGCAUCAUCUGCACUUUUUAUUCUGAUUUUUUCCAUGUUUGCAUAUCCCCCUGCAGACUGCAGUGUUAGUUCUAUGUACUGUUUGAGUUUACACUUUGUCUGGAUCUAUUAUUCUGGUUUGGAUUACAUCAUCCUCUCCACCCAGGUGCCACAUUCUUUCAUAUCAUCCAGUAAUACCUAUAUACACAUCUAUAGCCUCAAAGCAAAUAGCACUGAUGGAAGUGGUGUUGGACUGGUGUCAGUCUGAGAGGAGUUAUGAGUCACAUAGAGAAAGAAAAAGAAAACUCAUCACUCCAGAGGUGUGUUAAUCAAGAAGCGGCUGGUGUUUGGCAAAAACUACUCAUGGCUCUUCCGCAGGUCCUGAAACAUGGUUACAAUUUUUACCAGACCCACUACUUAUGCAUUGAUUUUUAAUGGUAAUUGAUUAGUAAUAACCUGAGCCCCCCACAUCAAGGAGAAACCUGAUAUAUUGUUGUCAAAAUGAGCAUAAAUUUGACUUGUUUCCCUUGCUAAAGUCAAACAUAAUUGGCCUUAAAAUGGUUUUCCUUACCAAUGAUCUAAUUCUCAGAAAACUAACUGAGAACAUAUGUCAAUUACAGUAAUUAAGGAUGGUGUAGGACAAAAUAUCAUUCAAAUGUAUUUGAAAAGCACAUGUAAUCACAACUGACCAAAGCUCUAUUCACAGCAUAAAGGAGCAACAAUUUAUACUUAACUUGCCCCUUAAAGCUACAAUAUGGGACAUUUUUCCACUGAAACAUCUAUAAUUGUUCAAAUAGGCCAAACGUAUAUUAUGUUUUUGUAGUUGAGAGAUUGCAUGACCUCAGAUAUUUCCAAUCUUUUUUUUUAAGCCAGAGAAAUCCUUAAUUUAGAUAGCUGUAAUGGAACAUGCUGUCAUAAUGAUGAAUAUGAUAUGUUUGUUUAGACACCAGAUGUUAAGUCUAGGAUGCCCUGAUGCA